AUGGCUAGACUUGCAAACCAAGACUUUGAGAUCCUUGAAGCCUCAUGCCAAAGCCUCGACCAUACCAUUGUCAAAGGUGGUGCCCCUACCCCUUUGGAGCAAGCGAAAGCAUUGUUAUUUCUCAAACACCAUAUACAUGAAGAACUCAAAUCUGAAUACAUCCUUGUGGAAGAUCUCAAAGAGUUAUGGGAUAACCUAAAGGAUAGAUUUGAGCAUUUUCAAAGAAUUAUCGCUCCAAGGGCCCAACAAGAAUGGUCAGUACUCAGGUUUCAGGACUUUGCAACAGUACGCGAGUACAAUUCUGCAGUACUUCGCAUCACCUCACAGCUAAAGCUGUGUGGAGAACUUGUGUCUAAACGAGCCAUGAUUGAGAAAACCCUCUCCACUGUGCAUGCCAAUAAUGUUGUUCAGCAAGAACAAUAUCGUGAAAGGCGUUGCCAAAAGUUCAGCGACCUAAUUGCCAUCUUUUUGGUUGAAGAACAGAACAACCAAAUCCUGCUCUCAAUUCAUAAUCAAAGGCCAGCAGGUACCAGCGUAGCAGUUGAAACAAAUGCCACUAGAGGUGGCAAGCACUGGAAUAAGCGGGGAGGUAACUCAAACUGGAAUGGUCAGUUCAAAAAUAGGGGUAAUGGAGAAAGAAAUGACAAUGGAAAUGGCAGAGGAAGAGGACGAGGACACCAAAACUGGCGCCCAAAUAGAGGACGCGGAGGAAGAAACUUCCAACAAAGAACACAAGAGAAAUGUUUUAAAUGUGGCAUUCAAGGACAUUGGGCAAAUGAAUGCCGCACAGCCAAACAUCUUGUGGAUCUAUAUGUGGCCUCUACUAGGGGUCAAUGGAGACGUGGCGAAAUAAAUUGUCACUGA